GGCGCCUUCCGGAAGUGCGCGCGGCCCACGUGCGGCCAUGGCGGCGCCGGCCAAGCGGCGCAGGGCGGCGGGGCCGGACCCCGACCCCACGGCGGGCUUCGUGGCGUGGUGCGAGGCGGCGGGCGUGGAGCUCAGCCCCAAGGUAUCCAUCAGCCGGCGGGGCACGGUGUCGGGCUACGGGCUGCUGGCCGCCGCCGACCUGGAGCCGGGCGAGCUGCUGUUCUCCGUGCCGCGCAGCGCGCUGCUGUCCCAGCACACGUGCGCCAUCCGAGCCCUGCUGCACGACGGUGAGCGCCGCGCGGGGCCUCCCGGCACUCCGCUUUGCUGCGUCUCGUCCGUAAGCGGGGCCGGUAACGCCCAGGAGUCCCUGCAGAGCCAGUCUGGGUGGGUGCCGCUCCUGCUGGCCCUGCUGCACGAAUACACAACCGGCACCUCCCGCUGGCGGCCCUACUUCUCCCUCUGGCAGGACUUCAGCAGCUUGGAUCACCCCAUGUUCUGGCCAGAAGAAGAGCGAGUGAGGCUCCUGCAGGGCACCGGCAUCCCCGAGGCAGUGGACAAGGACCUGGCUAACAUCCAGCUGGAGUACAGCUCCAUCAUCCUGCCCUUCAUGAAGUCCCACCCCGACAUCUUUGACCCUGAGCUGCACACCCUGGAGCUGUACAAGCAGCUGGUGGCAUUUGUCAUGGCUUACAGCUUUCAGGAGCCUUUAGAGGAGGAAGAUGAAGAUGAGAAGGGCCCCAACCCUCCCAUGAUGGUGCCUGUAGCUGAUAUUCUGAACCACGUGGCCAACCACAACGCCAGCCUAGAAUACGCUCCUACGUGUUUACGGAUGGUUACAACACAGCCCAUCAGCAAAGGGCAGGAGAUCUUCAACACCUACGGGCAGAUGGCCAACUGGCAGCUCCUGCACAUGUAUGGCUUUGCAGAGCCAUAUCCGGGCAACACCAACGACACGGCCGACAUCCAGAUGGUGACAGUACGGAAGGCAGCGCUGCAGCGUGCAAAAAGCGAAGCACAGCAGCAGCUGGUCGCAGAGCAGUGGGACUUCUUAUGCCAGCUGGAGAUGGUGGGGGAGGAAGGUGCCUUCGUGCUGGGCUGGGAUGAAGUGCUGACAGAGGAGGAGCUAUCCGUGACCCUGAAGGUGCUGUGCAUGUCAGAAGAAGAGUUCAAGGAGUACAAGGAACAAGAUGGCUGGGAGGAUGACAGUGAGGAAGAGGAAAACUCCACCCUUUCUAAUGCAGCUCUCUCCAGACUGAAAGCCCCUUGUAAGGCUCUCCUCUAUGACAGCGUGCUGCUGACCCUGGAGUCGUACAGGUCAGACCUGAGAGCAGAGCAGGACUUGCUCAGUAAGCAGGUUUAUGAGAAACUGAGUCGAAGGGAGCAGCAAGCUUUGCAUGUGCGCUACGGACAGAAAAGGAUCUUGCAUCAGCUGCUAGAGCUGGUACAAUAAAAGCCUCACUGCCCCUGGAAAUCAGCUGCCCAGAACUGCGCUCAGACAGGAGGUCAGCCUUCAGCCAUCUCUUCUGCAGCAGCAAGGAUGGGAGGCAAGAUGGGCCCGCUUGUCCCUCAUACGGCUUCUGACUUUGUAGCUACCUCUGCAUAAGGAACAAUUUUGCACAGCACGGGAGUAUUUUUAGGUGACCUUAUGGUAAGAGAGCUGGAGCACAACCAUCCCUUUCGUCUAGAGGACUUGGUAAGACCCAGGUCUCGUCAUGACUGUUUAGGGAAGACCAACAUAGACCAUCAUCAUAAGAAGUGGGUUCCUUCACUCAGCAGCAGAGAUUUGAGGCAAUCACCAUGCCUUGUCCAGGUGAACAACGCAGAAAUCCAGCUGGCAGCUCUUACACCACAGAAACACAGAGCAGAAGUGCUAAGAUCUGAACAGCUCACCUAUACUUCAACACUGAGCAUUCUGCAAGCAGGAGCCCAUCUGUUUCUGGCUUUCACGGUGGCUCAGUACAGCACAAUGUUUCACCUCUGCAAAAGGCAUUCUCCAAGUGCUCGAGACUCUGGGAGCAGUCACGGGUCUGCAGGGUGCUGCAGGUUGGGCUUUUGAUACACACCCUAACUCAGGCACUACUAUUGUACAUCACAUAUAGCCUUAUUUUUCCCCUGGCAGCUUUGUAAGAUAACACGCUGGAGGUUUGCAGGGCAAGCUAUGUUAAAUAAAGAUGGAGUUUCUUACCAA